ACUGAUCAUGACAGUGUGACUGCUUACUCUUGCACAUCUAACUUUGCCCAAAAGAAUUCAAUCGAGAAAUCAUCAUCGAAACGACCGAAACAGAGGAAGAAAAUGUCGUCUUUCUGUCUGCUUGCUGUCGGCGUUGCCCUACUGUUCCUCCCGAACGCGCACGGGUGUUCCAUGGUUCAGGGCUGGCAGCCCAUUCCGUUUACGCAUCGGCUGGUGCAGGCGGACAUCGUGGUCCAUGUUAAAGUGUUGAACAAGACCGAGACACCUGGUGAUGAAGAUAUGUGGCCGCAGGCAUACGCCGGGCUUCUCGGGGUGUACUGCGCGUUGAAGGGAGGUCCACUGCAACACAACAUAACGGUGGUGGGGCUGGGGGAAUCCAACCCUUGUAGUAGAACCGAAGUUGACAUAGACGAGGAGUACAUCCUUCUCCUGAAACGGAGACAAGACGGCGCGUUUGCUCCUGACGACGUGAACACUCAGACAGCCGCCCUCCCGGCUACACAGGACAACCUGGACAUGGUCGCUCUGACUUGUGGGCUGCAGAACUUCACGCUUCCGCUAGACGUCGCUGGAAACGCACCGGAACAGAGGGGUUGCCCCACCCAUCCGAACGAGUCAGGAGAGCAGUGCGUGUCAGCUGGAGCCCCAUCACACUUUGUGAUGUCCACAACUUUGUCUCUGAUGUGCGCUCUAUUGACUUACGCAUUCGGCCUCCUGUAGGUUGCUAUGUAGAGUUGUGUGCAACAUCUUAAAAUAUCAAUGGGAAUUUGUAUGUAAUGAUUCACUUGAAAGAUUCACAAUGUACAUAGACUUAUUGCCCUGUAUUUUACACCGUUCAAUUUAUUACAAAAAAAACCCAUCAAAGCUUAAUUGCAUUAACAUCCUACAUUCCUUAUGUACAUGUAAACCUUGCUUCCAUAUUCUACGUUGCCUUUCGAACUUCCUGCAUCUAAUUUCUUGUUAUUGUACCGUAAAAGACCUACUAGUAAUAUUGUCAGAGUUACCAAAGAAAAUUGCUACAUCUAUGAUGACAGUGCCUUGUUUGAAAAUGUAGCCAUCUGCUAGCAUAAACUAUGUCAUUCUUAAAGUGAUAUAUGACCACAUGAUUGACACUGUGCACCAAGUGGGAUGGAUUAAACACUUUAAAUUUACAAUACUCCA